AAAGAGAGUGGACAUUGGGGUGCUCAUCCACCUGGGUCUUCCAGAAGCAACUGUCUAAGCCAAGUACUUAAGGGUGAGGAGAGAAGAGCACACCAAAAACUCUCCCUUGAAAAUUGCUCCGUGAGAAGACACUGUCCCCCAGCGGGACUUGCCUGGCACUUGUCUCAUCGGAUCUGUCUCAAAACAUCAAGAGGGAGGGGUUUCCCCCAUUGACCUGCUCUUGCAACUUCCAAGGAGCCAUAUUUGCUGUUUUGCUUUUUCCAGCCUCGCCCACUCUUUCCCGGAAGCCUGAACUCCUAGGCUGGACUUUUGAGUUAGGAGUCCUUGGGUCUCUAAUCAUUCUUGGGGUUCUGGGCUGAAGCCCUAGGAAAGUGCUCCCCUUCUAGAUCUUCCCACCUUCUCCUUAACAGACUCAACAUUUGAAACCACCCCUCACUGCCUUUUCUAUGCCAAGAAUUCCCCGCCCUUCCGCAGCGCUUCUGGAAGCUAUCCAGAGAGAGAGAGAACUGAAUCCAGUCACUCCGGAGUGAGCGAGGAGAAGGCGGAGGGUUGGGUCUUGCUGGGCAUUCCAUAACGUGGCACCUUCUUCAGGAGGCUAAACUUGUGGCAAAUACACACUUCUUUGAAGAAGGAGGUGAAUUACUACAUAGAAGGCCAUUGAACUGGACCAAACUAGAGCCUCGCAUAUAAAUUGGAUAUAAGUCCUAGAAAUGCAAGCCCCCACAGCUCCUACUGCACCUACAGAUGAUAUGGAGAAACCACCCCAUCCAGGACCAGAAGACCCUCCUUCCUACCCUUCUCACUAUCAACCAGGACCUCCUGGACCAGUUGGUUAUCCUACCACAGGCUAUCCUGUCUUUGGCCCUGGCCCUGCAGGCUAUGCAGCUCCAUAUCAGCCUGGUGGCAUGCCCAUGUAUUAUCCAAGUGGUGGCCAGCCCAUUAUGUAUCAGCCUGGCUUUAAUAUGAACCUAAAUCCACCUCCUCAGAUAUCAUGGAUGCCAGGACCACCUCCACUCCCAAAUUGCCCACCUGGUCUGGAGUACCUAUCUCAGCUAGACAAAGUUAUGGUUCAUCAGCAGGUUAACAUUCUGGAAAUGAUGACACACUUUGAAACUAAUAACAGAUAUGAAGUAAAAAACAGCACGGGUCAGAUGAUAUACAUGGUGAUUGAAGACACUGAUGACGUUACCAGGAAUGCGUAUCAUUCAUUGCGUCCCUUUGUGCUUCGGGUCACUGACUGCAUGGGUCGAGAAAUCAUGAGAAUGCAGAGGCCUUUUAGGUGUACCUGUUGCUGUUUUUGUUGCUCUUGUGCCAUGCAAGAGCUUGAGGUUCAGUCUCCUCCUGGUGUAUCUCUUGGCUAUAUAAGACAACAUUGGGGAUGCUGCAAGGCAAAUUUCAGCAUUGAAAAUGAGAAGAAAGAACAUGUGAUGAAUAUGAAUGGUCCAUGUUCACCUUGUGCCUGUGGCUCAGAUGUUGUUUACCGGGUUAAAUCAUUAGAUGGAACUGAUAUUGGAAGUAUUAGUAGACAGUGGCCUGGCUGUUUACAAGAAUCAGUUGCAGAAGUAGACAACUUUGAGAUCAGUUUUCCAUUAGACCUCAGCAUAACAAUGAAAGCUAUGAUUUUUGCAGCUUGCUUCCUCAUUGAUUUCAUGUUUUUUGAAUAUACUCCAAGGAAUGACCGCCAUCGCCAUUGAAGACAUUAGUAAGAAAAACGGAAUGUCAGAGUUGGAAGUGGCACUAGUGGUCAUCUAGUGAAAUAUAUUCAUGAGCAGAAUCAAAUUAUAUACCAUCGCUUGGAAAUAGCUGUCCAGACUCCAGGUGAAGACCUGCAUUAAUAAGGGACAUUGUACCACCAGGAACAGCCUAUUCUGUUUUGGCACAGCUCUAAUUGUUAAGAAGUUUUAUUGAUAUUUUUCCUCAUAUGGGGUAAAUGUUGAAUAUAUUCUCUAUAAUUUCCACUCAAUACUCAUAGUAUUAUUCUCUAAUAGGAAGUAAAACAAAUCUAAUCUUUCUUCCAAAUGAACUAAAGAAAUACCUAAAAUUCUUCAAAUGCCUUUAGAAAAUGAUCACAUCUCUCUUCCCUCUUUGAACUCCUCCCCAAAUGGUCUAGUAUUUCCCCAUGUUUCUAUUAUACUAUCACCAUCAUUAUCCUUCACAUGUACAGUUGGGAAGUAGUCUCCUCUGUCAUCCUUGUAACGUACUUGAUACAUUUGGUAAUAGUUUGUCAAAUGAUGAUAAUCUCCGACUUUUCUGUGACUUAUCAGUUGUAGCACACUCUUCUUGGAUCUGUCUAAAUAACUAUUUAGGGGAAAAGGAGGCUUUGUAUUUCUAAGUGAUAACAGUGAAAUUAUCCUUCUCUUCUGCCUCCUUCCCCACCAUAUAGUUUUAUUUUGGCUUUUCCUGAAAGUUAUUUCUAUGCUUACCAUAACAUAUAAAUCUAGCAUCUUUUGAACAUCAUAUUUUUAUGGAUCUAUGAUUGUCAUUACACUAUCCAUUAAUACAGAUAUUAGCCCUUUCCUGUGUCUUUAUAAGCAUCAUAUUAGAUGGCCUCCUCCAGCUCUAGAUCUAUGAUCCAAUAACUCACCCAUCAAUCCUCUCUAGUGAUUCCAUUAAUAUGCUGGGUGCUUUCCAUAUCUCAUAACCAUGAAGUGGUGUAUGUGACAGUGCUCUCUUUCUCUGUAACAGUCUACCUCCUUUCCUAGUUAUACAUCUUUCUGAUGAUAUAAUUUGCCAUUUAUUUUAUGAAUUUGUUUGCUGUAUCCUAGUCACAUAAACCAUAUAGUCAAAUAUAAUUCUUCAGGGACUAUGGUAUUAUUCUAUGAUUCAAAGUUGGGCAACAUACAUGUGGGCCUUUACUUUAGGGGAAAGUUCAGGAUUUUUAAAAGCAUUAUACAUAUAGUCAAAGGCACUUUAGCUCACACUCUUCCUCUUUUUUAAAAUUCUGGGUCAAGUUUAUUGGCCAUCCACUGAAAUUAUCCAAUUCUUUGAACAAUGAUCAAUUGUAUAGCUUGGCCACCUAAACUCAGCCCAUUGGUUAGACAGAAGAUCUUUAUCUAUCCCUUUCUUUUUACCUAGCCAAUAAUUUUUUGUAACAUAUGUGAUCUUCCUUCUUGUCUAAAAAGCCUUUGAAAGUCCUCUGUUUUCUAUAGCCUUCAGUUAAUUGUAUGAAUAUGAAUUGUAUGAAUAUGGUCUGCUAUAGGAUUAAGAAUUGUGGCUAGAGGGUUCAAAUCUGACCUCAGAUUCUUCCUAGCUUUGUAACCUUGGGCAAGUCACUUAACUCCCAUUGCCUAGCCCUUACCACUCUUCUGUCUUGGAACCAAUACUUAGUAUUGAUUCUAAGAUGGAAGGCAAGGUUUUAAAAAAACAUAUUUUAAUGCAAGUUGUUUAAGUAAAGUGAGAUUUGACUCAAUUGUUUGACUUAACAGCUUAUAUUUUUAUCAUUCAUUCUAAUAUUGAUUUUAUUUGUCUUGAAUUGAUUUUCUUUUUGUACUCAGUUUAAAAAUGAUCCUCAUAAUUGGUAAGUUAGCUCUGACAUUUUACUUUUAUGGUAUUAUAUGGUGCUAACCAUGUGUGAUAUCUCCUACUUUUGCUUUUGAAGAAAAUAUUCAUGAUAUAUAGAGAUACUCUGAUGUAUUCAGUGGAGGAAGUGCUGUAUGUAGAAUACAGCAAGCCUGAGUUAAACACAAGACAAAAUGGGGAAGAGUGUGGGUCUUAGACUUGCUAACUCAGGUUUAAAACCCUACCUUUGAAACUUCCUAACUGCACUACCAUGACCUAGUCAUUUAAACUUUCUGAAGCUUAAGAAACUCUUUUUGACUUAUCUCCUAUGUUACGAGUGCAAUUCUGUCUGCAUCAGUUCCACCAAUGAAAGCAAAUAUCUUGGAUAUAUUAUUGCCUUUGGAUUCAAGAUGAAAACCACUUCACUGCUUUCAUUUGCUUCUCCAAAGAAGACCAGAUUUCCAUUAAGCUGCCACCAUCUUUAAUUUUCUCGUUUCCCUUUUAGGCAGAAUGUCAAGAUUGAUAGAGCUUAAUUUCUCCUGUAAAAUGUUUAUUCAUUGGUCACUAGAAAGGCUCUUGCAGCUAGGGUAACAUCAGCUAAGAUCAUGUUAAUAGCUGUUUUAAAAACUUUAUGAUUUUGACCAUCUUUUGACCCCUUUUUUAUCUUUCUUUCAUGAAUAAUGAAAAAUCAGAAGGAUAUCAUAUACAGUUGCUCUUGAUUUUUCAAUCUCUUGGAACAGCUUCUUUUCCCUAAAACUUAGGAAAUGUGGUUCGGGAGAACCAUCUACUUUCAGUCAUCUUCAUGUGGAAUAUUCAUCUUAUUUUCAUUGAUUGCAAGCCUCUGAUGCAUUGGGCAGCCUAGCUGGAUUUUAGCUUUAGUAACAGGAAGAAGGAAUGUAGAAGGGAUGGCAGUUAGACUACAUGGAAUCAGAGUUAUUUAUAAAUGUGUCCUUGAAUAUGCCCUAUAUGGCUUUCUGCUCAGUUGUUCCUCUAGGGUAAAAUAGGUUGCAAAGAGUUCAUACCAGGAUGCCGAGAUAGACAUAACCUACUUAAAAAUGAAAGGAAUGCCAUUGUAGAAACUAAAUGGAAUUUGGUCAGUAGAAGUUGAGAAAUGAUCAAGAUGGUAUGGCUUAUGGAGAUGGGUAAAUACCAAGAGGUGAUAGUGUGCCAGGUGUUAGAACUAACCUCAAAAUAUUCACAUAAUUUUAUAUGAAACAGAGGGUAUUACUAUUAGCUAUUACUAAAUAUAUAAAUGAGAAUAAAUUGGUAAAAUCCCAGCAAGAUAAGAUUAAAUCCCGACCCAACCAGGCCCACCCUUCCAGGAGUGAACAGCUUUGUAGACUGGGAAAAUGCCAUUCUACUUUUUUUAUAGAAAAAAAUUGCUAAUUAUUAAAUUUGAACCAAUAUCAAUAUGAAACAAAUUAAAAUUGGAGUCUAACCUUAAAAAAGAGAGGAGGAUGAAGCCAGAUGAUUGCUAAAGUCCCUUCUAACUCUAAACUACACCCCCCCCCAAAAAAAAACCAACAACAAAUUGGACCACAGAAAGAGGGAAAUGUUCCAAUAUCAGUUAGGUAUCAAGUGGCAGUGCUAAAAUUUGAACCCAAAACCUAUAAUGCUGAGUUCAUUGGGCUUUACUUUGCUCAACAAUAUAACCCUUCCUUUAAAAAAGGAAAAUAAAAAUGUAUAUGUUUUCAAAAAUAAUUUCUGCUUAAUGCAAAAUAAUAAACAAAUUUUAUAGUGUUUUUAAAGAGUUGUUUCUGGGAGCAACUAAGUGACUCAAUGGAUUGAGAACCAGGGCUAGAGAUGGGAGGUCCUGGGUUCAAAUUUGAUCACAGAUAUUUCCUAAUUGUAUGCCCCUGGACAAAUCACUUAACCCCCAUUGCCUAGCCCUUAUCACUCUUCUGCCCUGGAAACAAUGCAUAGUACUGAUUUUAAGAUAGAAGGUAAGGAUUAUUUUUAAAAUGUAUUUCUUUUAUUUUCAUUUCUUUUAUUUUAUCUCCAAUAUUAAUGUCUAAAUACUUCUUCCCCCUUCUCCUCCCCAGUGAGUCACCCCUUGAGUUCAUAAUUAACCCCGAAAGAGCUGUCCAGCAAAAUUAAUCAACAUAUCAACCACAUCUAAUAGUACAUGCAAACUAUAUUUCAUUCUUAUUUUUUUAUUUACACUUUCAACAUAUAUUUUUUAAUUCAGCGAAUUGCAAUGUAAUGCUACAUUACUGAGCUUUGGGAAAUUUGGAUGCCAUUAUGCUUUUAAUAAUGAUAUGUUAAAUGAAAAAUUAAUUUCAUAGGAAUAAUAUUAAUUAAAAAUUCAGAUUUUAUUGUUUAAAUUGCUUGGUAGCAACUAGUGCCUUAUAUUAUGAAUGCCUUGUGCUCUUCUCUAGAAAAUGUAAAAUUUCUGUGUAAUAUUUAUGUGUGAUAUGUGUACAAUAAUUAUCUAUAUGCAAUUUUAUUGUGAAAUUCUUUGACUUACCAUUGCUUACAAAAGUACUUACGUGUGUGAUGCUAGUUGAUAUUCUACUUAUCAUGUAUGCAUUUCUCAUUGGAAACUAGAAAUGUAGAAUUUUUCAUUUGGAAUAAACAAGCUGCAUUUCAUUCUCUCAAA